CCAUUUUGCUGCGGGCCGCGGCGGCGCCCCCCGCUCCUUGAGGCCAGCGGCCGGGCGGCGGCGGCAGCGGCAGCAGGGCGAGCCCGGAGGAUGCAGAGGGGCAGAGCGGCCGCCCCGUCAUCUCGCCCUCCCCGGGGGGCGGCUGCCGCCUGGCCCCGGCGGCCGCUGGCGGGCCGGAGGCGGCCCCGCCGAGGAUGAGCGCGGGCUGCGGGCGGGACCCCCCCGGGAAGAGAGCGCGGCUCGGCCCCGGUCCCCGCCAGGAGGGGCCUGGGGGCAGCAGCUCCGCCGGCGGCAGCCCCGCCACCGCCGUGGGGAACAGAGCUUGUAAACAACGGACAAUUACCACUUGGCUGGAGAAUAAAGGACCCAAGACGACUGAGUCUAAAAGCUUACAAAGCAAAAUCAGUAACAAUACUGAAGCAAAUACCAAGAUGACUUCCAUUAAAAAAGAAAACUUCUGUGAGCACGAUGUGAAAAAGCUAGAGAAUGUUUGUCAGCAAAAUUAUCAAAAAAUACCUGUGGAAGUUGGUGCAAAGCACGUAAAUUUGCCUCAGACAGGCAGUGUGUAUAACUGGGAGGCUGAGGACAAAGAUCCAAUCUUGGACAGAGAGACUGUGAAGGUCGGGCAGUCUGGAGACCUCUUUAAAAACGCCAACAUCGAUCAGAUGCACAAAACUGGCAAGCAGGUUCAAAGAGGCUGUGAAGAAAGCGGUGAUACUUGGACUCAGAGGAAGCUAUCAUCGGGCCGGUCUUUGAAAAUGGGAAAUACGAAACUUUCUUCAAAAGACACUGAGAUAGAUGGACAAGUGGCUUCGUGCAAUUCGCAGAAGCCGAAGAGUUGCAAUUCUGUCGAUGUGGUCUGUAUAACGGGUGAGGAAGAAGAAGGGGAUGUAGUUCCAGAAAGCCCACUUUCAGACGCUGGUUGUGAUGCUUGCGUACCUGACCUGGGGGGUCCUGGUAAACUGAGCAAAUGCCCAAGUAGUUCAGGGGAUUCACCUGCUUUUGAGAAAGAAAGUGAGCCAGAGUCACCAAUGGAUGUAGACAAUUCUAAAAAUAGCUGUCAUGGCUCAGAGGCUGAUGAAGAAACAAGUCCUUUUCUUGAUGAGCGAGAGGAGAAUAGUAUGUCCAAAUCCAUAAACAAGUCUUUUAGAAUUCAGUAUGGGGAUGCUGAACUGGAGUCAAGGAAGUCACGAUUUUCUGCCAAGGGUUGUGAAGGCUUUGAGGGAAUAGAUAACUCCCUCAAAGAGGACGAUCUGCAUACAAAAUCACCUGGGAUCUUUCCUGCUACAUCAUCAGAAUGCAAAGGUGCAAAACCAAGUGUGAAGAAAGACUCCAAAAUCACCUCUCACUUCAUGAGGAUACCUAAAAUUGAGGAAAAAAGCAGGAAAGAAAAGUGUGAAUUCAAACCCCACAGGCCAGGAAGGAAGAUACCUAAAUAUAUGCCACCUCCUCUUCCAACUAAUAGGAAGUGGUUUGGGACACCAAUUGAAGAGAUGAGAAGAAUGCCCAUGUGCGGGGCCCGUCUUCCUCACCUGAGACCCUCAGCCAAUCAUACAGUAACCAUCAGAGUAGAUCUUCUGAGGGAAGGAGAGGUACCUAAACCUUUCCCAACUCACUACAAAGAUUUGUGGGACAACAAACAUGUUAAAAUGCCGUGCUCAGAACAAAAUUUAUACCCUGUAGAGGAUGAGAAUGGAGAUAGAACUGCUGGAAGUCGAUGGGAACUAAUCCAAACUGCCUUACUUAACAAAUUUACAUGCUCCCACGAUUUGAAGGAGGCUAUACUGAGAUACAACGUUGCUUAUGCCAAGAAAUGGGACUUCACAGCUCUUACUGACUUCUGUGACAAGAUUCUUGAAGAUGCAGAGGCCCAGCAUUUGUUCCAGUCCAUUCUUCCUGAUAUGGUCAAGCUUGCGCUUUGUCUCCCUAGUAUCUGCACACAGCCAGUACCUCUACUGAAACAAAAGAUGAAUCACUCCAUCACCAUGUCACAAGAACAGAUUGCUAGCUUUCUGGCCAAUGCUUUCUUCUGUACUUUUCCACGUCGCAAUGCGAAGAUGAAGUCCGAGUAUUCUAGUUAUCCAGACAUUAACUUCAACAGAUUGUUUGAAGGACGGUCACCAAGGAAGCCUGAGAAACUUAAGACGCUUUUCUGCUAUUUUAGAAGAGUCACAGAAAAAAAACCUACUGGAUUGGUGACGUUUACAAGGCAAAGUCUCCAGGAGUUUCCAGACUGGGAAAGAUCUCAGAAAAAGCUGUCUAAAUUGCACGUCACCUAUGAGGGCACUAUUGAAGGCAAUGGACAAGGUAUGCUACAGGUUGAUUUUGCAAACCGUUUUGUUGGAGGUGGUGUCACUGGGGCAGGACUAGUACAAGAAGAAAUUCGGUUUUUAAUCAACCCAGAAUUGAUUGUAUCGAGGCUCAUCACUGAAGUCUUGGAUCACAAUGAAUGUCUUAUCAUCACAGGUACUGAGCAGUACAGUGAAUAUACAGGCUAUGCAGAAACUUACCGGUGGGCAAGAAGCCAUGAAGAUAAGACCCCAAGGGAUGAAUGGCAGCGACGCUGCACUGAAAUUGUCGCUAUAGAUGCAUUCCACUUCAGACGUUUCCUUGAUCAGUUUGGUCCAGAGAAAAUCAGAAGAGAGCUCAACAAGGCCUACUGUGGCUUCUCUCGACCCAAUGUUCCGCCUCAACAUCUCUCUGCAAUAGCCACAGGAAACUGGGGAUGUGGUGCCUUUGGAGGGGACUCCAGAUUAAAAGCCUUAAUACAGAUAUUGGCAGCUGCUGAGUCUGGACGCGAUGUUGUUUAUUUUACCUUUGGAGAUGUGGAGCUGAUGCGAGAUAUUUACAGCAUGCACACUUUUCUCUGUGAGAAGGGCCAAACUGUUGGGGACAUUUAUAGGCUGUUACUCAGAUACUACAACGAAGAAUGCAGAUGCUGUUCUACUUCAGGACCAGAUGUCAAGCUGUACUCUUUCAUAUAUAACACCGUUGAGUCCUAUGCAGAUUCUACUGAUGAUGAUGAUGAUGAAGAAAAAGGGUUGUGCUUUGAGGACUAAAAUAAAUGUGCUUGAUCAGAAUACUGUUCAACUCCUCCUCCCACUGGUAUAUUGUUUGAAUUGCUGAGUGUAAUGUAUGAAUUGGAUAAGUUAAUAUAUAUUGAUUGCAUUGGUAGUUAUCAAACAUCCAAACAAAAAUUGAACUAUGAGAGAAGUGGUUUUUUUGAUAGUUUCAUACAUGAAAACCUUGUUCAUGUGUGUACAGAAAGGAUUUCCUUGGUAAAUCUAGUUGGCAUUAUACCUUGUUAAGCAGGAGAUUUUGGACACACUUGUAUUUCAGUCAAGAGAUUGCUGAAAGACUUCAGAAGAUUUCUCUGUACUCUUCUGCCUUUAUUUUUGAGAGAUCUUAUCUAGAUUUCUUACUGAACGUAGUGCUGGAGUAUGUGGAGCUGUAUCGCUCCUGGGGUGAUUUUUAGAGAGAAGCACUGUAAGGGUCAUUUGUACUGAAAGUUGUAAUAAUUUGAUUACCUCGUUAAGACUGCCACGGUACUUUCAUUGUUCUUAUCAACUUUUUCAUUGAUUUAACUUAAUGUCCUGUUUUUAAUAUACUUUUUAAUAAAUGGCUAAAGAUGAAAAGAUUGUGGAGGGAGCUGUAAUGUAUUUCACAACUGCUUUAUCUUUACCAAAUCAGACAGAAGAAGUUAUCAUGAAGAAGUAGAGAAAGUCUGAAGUAUAGAAGGUUAGGAAAAUGAGAAAUGUGAUCAAAGUUAUAAACGGAAAGAAACAUUUUUCAUGUGAGACUUCUAAAAGCUGUUCUGUUGGUGCUGUUACAACUGAACUGAACAAGGUCUUAAACAUAGUAUAUCUGAAGUUUCUCAAAGUUCACUGUUGUUGGCAACUUCAUCUGAAUUAAUUGUGUUUAUAUUCUCAUAUCAGUUCUCCUUUAUUGCAAUGUCCAUAUAUGUGAGCAUAAGAUCCCCAUGGGAUAACAUAAGGUAAUGGAAAUCAUUUACUUAUCAGUGGGAGGAACAUCUUCAAGCUACAGAUGAGAACGUGUAAGGUGUUGUUAGGAGUUUGUGCCCUUGUCUUUUGAGGCAUGGGAAUGAUUAUGUUGAAGGAGGGUCAAAAGGCAUGUAAAAGCUGUGCUAUUAUUGUCUCUGUGAAUACCAAAUUAAUGUUUCUAUAGUACAUUAAUAUUUUACACAAAACUGCAGAUAAAUCUGUGAAAAAACUUUGCCAGGUCUGUGUACAGGGCCAAUUCAAUAAAAUGUUAGUUUAUUAGAAAUUUAAACUGAAUUUAAGUUUAAGCCCAAAUUGCUUAGUUUAACCUCUUCUGUAUUAGAUUUGUCUGGUCUGCCAUAGCUAUUACCAGCUUAGCAAUACAAGUAAAACAGCAGCAGGAAACAUAGGGAGCUAAGGCUGUAGUACCAACACAUCCUUUUGGCUAAUGUCUGAUAAGACCUCUCUAAUUCUGAAGUAUAACUUAAUAAUUAAAUGCUGGAAGCUGUUGGUAGUCUGGCUUGCGAUAAAGCACUCACUGCUUGAGCUGCUCAGGUGGGAGAGCAGCAUUGAAGUGUUUUGGUCAUUUGCAAAUACCUGCAGAAUGCUCCACCAGGGUGUUGACGCUGCAGUGGGCCGGUUGGAAGUGUGUUGCUCAAAAGGUGAUGGACACAGCAGCUUAAGCGAUUUCUUCCUAUUAUUCUUACCAGCUGUGGUUUUCUCCACCCACAUCCGUUUUAAGAAAAAAAAAAAAAAAAAAGGGGGAUAGAAUUUCAGGCCGUUUGCAAUUUGCAUCCUCUAGGUUAGUGGAAAUCUUUUCUCCUGCUCCUAGUGCUUCAGUGUUGGCUAAGAUUCUGGCAAUAGGAAUAAGUGUUUUAUCAUAAGCUCUUAUUUUGGCAUUUAGGUUCAGCUAUGACAGUGCUUCCAGAUGCACUGCUGAUGACAAAUGCCCCUGGUUAAUUAAGAAGAAAGAUAGAAAAUUGGUGCUACCUGCCAAGUUUUCUUCACUUAACUACUCAGGAUUUCCUAUAGAAAAGGUAAACAGAAUUUGUUCCUAACCAACUGGAAGAAAAUAUAGCAAAAAGCUUUAGGUGGCUAGAGGUGACCUCCCCUUUAUUGUAAAUAAAUACAUCUUUAUUAGUGCAAUAUUCAUUGUGAGGGGAAGUGAUGUUUUUGUGUAUGAAAAAUGUACCAAAUAAGAUGGCAAAAAAUUCUACUUCAACUCUGGAAACAGAAAAGUAUAUUUAACUCUGGAAAGAUUGUCUGAGGAUCAUACAGUAGUGUAUUCAGUUGAGAGUUUUUGCAGUGUCAAGUAUUUCCAGGAAAUUCCUAGUCAUCUUCUGUAGUCUGUAUUUUCACUGAUACCAGAGGCUUUUCUAAUAUGGGGAAGAAUACCUUUUAUUUGAAAUUGCUCUUUAUGAUGUUUCCCAAAUGCUUUUUCCUACAAAAUACGGUUAUAUGAACAGGAGAAAAAGAAAAUUAAUUUUUCUGUUUGUGUCAUCUGAGUAAGAAUGAUACAUCCUGUGUUCUACCUUGUGUCCCUGAUCUCGUAAAGGGCAAUGUUUAAGAACACUUGGAAUAUGACUUUGAUUGCAGGCAGGAAGAUGAUUAUAUUUUUCUUGUGUUUUUUCAUUUGUUUUUGUUUUUCUGGAAGCAAAAGAGCUGAGAGUUAACAAGGUAACAAUGGUGUUAGAUUGCCAUGACUUUCUAAUUCAAUAAAGAGCUACACUGCCCAGAAUGCUGCAUGUAGAAGCAGGAAUUUUGAGUCAGCCCAAUAUGUGUUCUGCAUCUCACUUCUUUCAUCCAGCCACUGUUCUCCAUUUAUAAACUACCUGAGAUGUUUUCUUCAGAUAGAGAUGCAUUUUGGUGCUCUGCUUGGAGCAGUGUGGAGUGGAGAGGCUGAGCAUCUUUGUGCAGCCCAGUAAGCUUCAGUUUCACUCUUCCAGAAACCUGUUUAUGGAGUAUUGUUUUUUGUUUUUUAUUACUUUAAGGAUGUUUGCUAUAUGUUUUCAAAUAAACUUCUUACCAAAACUAUUGUUUUAUACUUGUUUUAGCAGCUAAAUUGAAUCCUUAAUAUGAAACAACAACAGGCAGUCAUUUAGAUUGCAAUGUUGCCUCGUAGUAAAGUUGGUGACAGAGCACUUCAGUUUGUUUUACAGCUCUUGCACCUAAAUUCCUCAGUUAUGAGGUGUUCUUAUCUAAGGAUGAGUACCCAUUACUGUAUAUAUUAAUUUAUAGACUCAUGAACUGUUCCUGAUGUUCUUCAAAAUUUACAGUUUAUGCAUCAUUAUAUUAUAUUGAUUUUUUUCUGGAUCUGUAUGCUAAUGUUUACAUGAUUUUUGUAGGAAUAUAAUUAAAAAAAAUGAUUGAAGCAA